AUGGCAGAAGCGGCAAAAGUAAGGCUCGUGCGUUGCCCCAAGUGUGAAAAUCUCCUCCCUGAGCUCCCAGAUUACUCUCUUUACCAGUGUGGUGGCUGUGGUGCUGUUCUCAAAGCUAAAAAGAAUGGGCUUAUGGAAGAUGGGUUGUCAGAGAUAUCUGAUGAUGCGAAAGGUGUAGAAAUUUCCGAGAAAGGUAGCAUGCUUAAUGUUUCUGAGGUGGGUGUUGAAAGUAGUGUGGGAAUUGAACAUAAUAGAACAAAUGAGAGAAAUGAUAUCGACAGAGUGGUUUUAAAUGGUAGUCCCACAACAGGAACAGAAAAUAAGGAAGUACCAUUCAAUUCCCGUGUGAAUAGAAAAGAAAGAGACAGAACUAGAAGAGCAGAAUAUUUUGAUGAAGAGUACAGCUCUUCUGCAGAGGGUAUGAUUAACGAUAGGAAUCAGGGUAAAGACAGUGGCAUGGACAUGAAAAAGCCGAUAUAUUCUAAUUUUCAUAGUGAAAAUGAGAUUGAUGAAAUUGGGCCUCCAAUGAGAUCAUUGAGGUCUAGGCCUGCUAUGGACACGUGGAGCCUGGAAAGAAAUCAAUCCGUGGCUUCUUCAGCAAACACCAGAAGUGUAGCCCCACAUGGGAGGUUUGAUAGUUCUCUGUAUCGUGGUGAGAGGCCAUCGAGCUAUGACAUGGACUCUUAUUAUAGAUAUGGUGAGAGGACAAGAUAUCAGGAUCAUGAUGUGGAUGGGUUAACUAGAGUUGAAAAUUUAGAGAAUGAUCGGGCUGAGCUCCUACGGAAACUAGAUGAAUUAAAGGAUCAACUAACUAGAUCUUGUGAUUUAGCAGAAAAACCUAAUGAUAGACUUGGUACUGAUAGAAGGAUGCCUCCAACUCCACCCGAUCCUUAUGGUAGACAUCAUGCUGCAUACGUGCAGGAAGGCUUGGCUAGUUCGCAUGGUGUUAACCAACAACCCCUUGGUCCCAGUGAUUUGAAAACCUUGUAUUCAAGUUACAAUCGUGGACGCAUUCCUCACAUGGAUAAAUUUGGUUCAACAAUGCAAGACUCGUAUCCUCAAAGGAACUUCCCACCCGAGUUCUUGGGGUAUGGUGAUAUUUAUCAGCCAGAAAUGCUCCAUGGGCCUCCUAGUCAGCCGCCACCUAAACUUUUGCAACGGCCAUCUCAUGAGCACCAUCCAGGUCACUACAUGGAUAUCAAUCGCAACCUUUUCGCGUCACAUCCACAUGAAACCUUUUUUCACCAGCCUGCAUGUUCUUGUGUGCACUGCAUUAACAAUAACUGGCAUUUGCCUCCUAAAAUUCAUCAAAGGUCUCGAGACGACCCCAAUCUUCUAUACCAUCCGAAUCCUGCUUUGCAACGUCCCCAGGGUUAUAGAUCUGAAGGGUCCAAUUCUCAUCAAAUGCAUUCUCGACAUCCCCUAACAAUGAGUUCAAAUAAUGCUGAUUUUGAAAAUGGCGGUUUAAUGUACCACCGUCCUAAAAAGUCAGUGGUAGCCCAUGGGAAUGGACGAACAUGCAGUCCCAUUGCAGGUGGUGCCCCUUUCAUAACAUGCUGUAACUGCUUUGAGUUACUGAAACUGCAGAGGAAGCACGUCUCAAUGGUGAAAAACCAACAGAAAAUAAAAUGUGGAGCUUGUUCUUCCAUAAUCUUGUUUGAGCUUGGGAACAAUGGGAUUAUUAUUUCAGUCCUUCCAAACAUUGACCAAGUUCAAUCUGACACUGAAAAUGGUUCUACUGGGACACUGGAUGAAAAUUUUAAUUAUUCGCAUGGUGAUUGUGGGGAAAAUGCUGUUGAUAUGGACCCCUGCUCUAAUGCUUAUGACGACUCCGAACCCAAGUACUCUCCAAGAGACAAAAAGUCAAAUUCUAGCGAGUCUGGGAAGCGGCAGGACCCUCUUUCUCUAUCUUCCAGUUUCUCUGAGAAUGAGCAGAGACUGGACAUUGUAAAUGCUAGAAAAGAUGUUUCUCCUAGUGCUGAGUUGCCUUUUAAAGAAGUCAGGUCUUGCCCAGUUUCUGAUUCACUUCCUCAGGAAUGUCCUGAUCAUUCUUCUGCUAAUAAUAUGGUCAAUCGAUAUGAAAAGGGUAACAAAAGUAAACGAUAUGACCAGGAGAAGGUUUGCCUCGAUAAGCUUACGUCUCGACAGAAUUCUGUAAAAGAUGCACCUGUAGCAACUGAGAUGGACGUAUCACUGAAUGCAUUUUCAAAUACCAGUGUAUCACAGGACUCGUUGGACACAAGUAAAGAAGAUCAACCAAGGAUCAAUAAAGGGGGUGAGUCGUUCUUCGUGGGUCUCAUCAAAAAGAGCUUCAGAGACUUCUCAAAGUCUAAUCAAAAUGUAGAGGAUAGAAGAUCGCAGGUUUUUGUCAAUGGGCAUUUUAUACCAGAUCGUUUAGUUAAGAAGGCUGAAAAGCUAGCUGGACCUAUUCAACCUGGAGGGUACUGGUAUGACAUUCAAGCUGGAUUUUGGGGUGUGAUGGGACAUCCUUGUCUUGGGAUUAUCAUGCCAAAUAUUGAGGAAUUCAAUUACCCUAUGCCAGAAAAUUGUGCUGCUGGAAACACAGGGGUUUUUGUAAAUGGGCGUGAACUUCACCAGAAAGAUUUAGAUUUACUUGCUAGCAGAGGUCUUCCAAUCACAAGACACGGGUCUUACAUCGUUGAGAUUUCUGGGAAAGUGAUGGAUGAACACACUGGUGAAGAACUAGAUGGCCUUGGCAAACUUGCACCAACGGUCGAGAGAGAGAAGCACGGAUUUGGUAUGAAAGUUCCCAGGUUUCUUGCGCAAUUGCAGCGCUAG